AUGUUUGAUGGUUACCAGCAUUUGGUGAAGGCUUCACCACCUGCAAGAGCACAAUCACCUUUGAAAUAUAGGAGUGUAUCUUCACGCAUGUUAGUGGGAUUUAUUGCAGGCAUUUCAACAGUAAUGGCAGUGGCCUUAGUAUACUACCUCUGCAGGAGAAAGGUCAUUCCAUUUCUUAAGAAACCUAAUAAGACUUUGAAAGGAAAGAGAUAUAAUAGCUUGAAAUAUGACAAAAUAUUGUUAAGGCAUUUUGAUUUUGAGGAGCUAGUGAGGGCUACCAAAAAUUUUAGCCAAGAAUGCUUUCUGGGUUCUGGUGCAUUUGGAAAUGUCUACAAGGGAAACUUUGACUUAGAAGGAACACUAGCCAUUAAGAGAUCUCAUUCUGAAUCAUUUUUAAGUAUUGAAGAAUUCAGAAAUGAAGUUAGGCUCCUUUCAGCAGUAAAGCACAGGAAUCUUAUUGGUUUGGUUGGAUAUUGUGAAGAACCAGAUCGAGAUGGAUCCAAAAUACUAGUUUAUGAAUAUGCACCAAAUGGUUCACUGCUUGAGUACAUGAUGGGAAACAGAAGGAGGAGCUUAACUUGGAAGCAAAGAGUGAAAAUAGCAAUCGGAGCAGCUAGAGGCAUAGCUUAUUUGCAUGAAGGGGUGAAACCAAGCAUAAUUCAUCGUGACAUCAAACCAAGUAACAUCCUAAUAGGGGAAGGUUUUGAGGCAAAGGUUUCAGAUUUUGGGCUUGUUAAAUCAGGACCUACUGGGGAUCAAUCACAUGUCAGUAGCCAAGUCAAAGGGACACCAGGGUACCUUGACCCUGCCUAUUGUUCAAGCUUUCAUUUGACCAAAUUCAGUGACGUUUAUAGCUUUGGUGUCAUACUUUUGCAACUUGUUUCAGCUAGACCUGUGGUGAAUAACACUGAAAACCAAAGCAAACAACAUAUUAUUGACUGGGCAAGGCCUAGCUUAGAGAAGGGUAAUGUUGAAGAAAUCAUUGAUGCAAAUCUACUAUGUCUAAGUAAGCCAUGCAAUAUGAAAGUUAUGUUAAAGAUGGGGCAACUUGGUUUAAGAUGUGUGGUUCAAGAACCAAAACAUCGCCCUACAAUGUCCCAGGUGUGUCAAGAAUUAGAGCAAGCCCUCUACUCAGUUGAUAGCUUCAAUAGCAAGCGAUCUUCUAAAGGUUUGCUUAGAUCAAUUGGCUCAUCCAAGCAAUCAGCAGAUUCCGAGACACAGGGGUCAGGGGAACACAACAAUUGUUCAGAGAGUUUUGUGAGCAUAGACGGUGUUGGAUUUGAGACAUUCCAUAUUGAUAUGGAUAGCUUCUCCUUUCAGAGCACAAACUUAAUGUGUCUAGAAAAUAAUAGUGUCAGUAUUGACACUGACAAGAACAAUUUAAGAAUACAAGAGGAUGACACCAAGUAA